AGAGUCUUAGCUUGUCAAGUUGUAUGAAUACAUUGGCAAUUAAAUUAAGCGGUGGCGAACGGAAGAGACUCUCCAUCGCUGUGGAAACAAUCACCAAGCCAUCCAUUCUCUUAUUAGACGAACCAACAAGCGGGCUUGACAGUGUGUCGUCUAAUCAGCUCGCAAACUUGCUGCAAGAUUUGGCGAAAGAGAACUGCACUGUGGUUUGCGCGAUACAUCAACCCAGCAGUCAGAUGCUUUCGCUCUUCGAUAACAUUAUGGUACUUGAUCGAGGCAGAUGUAUGUACUGCGGUCCAAAGAACGAGAUCUUAAACACAUACAGCAUCGCCGGGUUCACAUGUCCUAGCUUCUACAAUAUAGCCGAAUUCGGUAACGUUGAUUCUAUCGAUUCAACUUAAUAAAUAAAGCAUUAGAAAAAGAGAAUUAACAACAGAGUGUUUUAGAGAGCUUUGUAUAGUUGAUUUCUUCCAGGGUUGGGAAAGUUACUUUAUAAAAGUAAUUAGUUACAGUUA